AUGGAAGUUGAAUCAAGGUUGCAAGAAGAUUUGAGUAUUCUUCUAGAUAUGUAUCCUGAGUUGCAAAUCGAUGUUGAUUUAGAAAAUGUUAAUAAAGCAUCCAAAAUACAGGGAAAACUGCCCUUUAACGUUUCAUUACCUCAGGAUUUAAAAGUUAAACAUGGUGAUCAAGAGUUGGUAUUCAAAGAACUGACAAGUAAUACGCUAAAUUUCGAGAUUAACCAGGAUGAAUACCCCAAUCUACGGCGGGCCAUUUCACUUGAGAUUCAAUCGCCGUGGAUGACCGUGGAAGAUCGCACUAAACUACUGCAAGCAAUCCACCAUGAGUUUGACGAUAUGACUGAUCCUAAUUCCGAGAUUUAUGAUGAAUAUGCACCCGUCAUGAUGCUUGUAUUUGGAUAUUUGACAGAUGAUAGCUCUCAAACUUUGAUCGAGGGACAAGAAAGAAUAUGCCAAACACAGGAUGAAUUCGAAUCUUUUGUUCAAAUGUUUCACAAGAUAGAAUUUAAUGAGAUGGCUAGUCAAAACUUCAAUUGUUCUAUCUGUAUGGAAACAAAAAAAGGUGAUAAAAUGAUAAAAUUGCCAUGCCAUCAUGCCCUAUGCCUUGAUUGCACCAAAUCUUAUUAUACCGCUAUGAUAGAACAAGCAAGCAUUGAUAGAGUUAGAUGUGUUGAAUGUGAAUAUAAUCCAGCAGAUUUGGAAAAAUUCAAUAAUUACAAGGACAUCAAAAGAGCACUUUUCACACCCUCCAUACCAUUUGAGACCUUCCAUGGGGUCCUAGCUCCUCAAAUUUGUAAAAAAUACCAAAAGUUAUUCCAUGAACAAGCUGCCAAUAAACUAUCAAAAUAUUGUACCUAUAGUUGUGUUACCUGUACGAGAUGUGGAUACUGGUGCGUCAAGGAAAAUUUGGAUGAACCAAUGAUUCAAUGUCCAAAUUGUGAAUUUACCUUUUGUUUUGAUUGUCUACACUCUUGGCAUGGCUAUAACAACAUCUGUGGUAAGAAAGUUAGCAUACCAAAGGAUGUUGUUGAAUUAUACGUUAAUUCAUUAGAGCUUACAGGGUUGGAAGAUCGUAAAAUGGCCUUGGAAGCUAAAUAUGGUAAAAGAAUUAUGGAGAUGGAGGCAGAUGCAUACGUUUCUGAUAAGAUGUUAGAUGAAGCUGUAAAUGCAGAGGGAUCCAAUUUACAGAGGUGCCCCCGUUGUAGAAUAGUGGUACAACGCAGUGAAGGCUGCAACAAAAUGAAAUGCACCGUAUGCAGUACACCUUUCUGUUACAUCUGUGGUGAAAUGUUCUACAUAGACGAUCCCUACGAACACUUCAGAAACCCAUUAUCAGAAUGCUACGCCAGACUAUUCGAAGGUAUGCCAGGAACAGAUUCUUAA